UGGCGGCCUAUGAUUGACGCCCGUUAGCAACUAACCACGUAAACAGUCUACCUCUCUUAACGCUUUUACACGACUGAAUUGUGUUUUAAUCUGUAGCAUAAUUUGUUUUAUAGUAGCGUUUUGCUUUCAUAGCCUUCAUUCGCUUUUAUUUCGUAUACUCCUCACUGAUGAUGUCACGCCAUCUGAUUGUACAGCAAAUUCGUUUUCCCACCAUGUGGAUAUUUGCCCUCACCAUAGAAUUACAAUACUAUCCCGCCAUGUAUAGUGACAAAGAGCAAGUGUUCAACUGCAUCCAGAGAGCCCAUCAGAACACCCUGGAAGUGUAUCCUCAGUGGCUGGUGUUCCAGACUAUUGCUGCUCUCGUCUAUCCGCUGUCAGCAUCUGUACUGGGGGCUAUUUGGGUGACAAGCCGGUUUUCUUAUGCCUGGGGCUAUUACACUGGAGAUCCUGCCAAGAGGAUGAACGGUGUUUAUGGCUACAUCGGAUACCUUGGAGUCAUCAUUCUGUCCAUUUGUGUUGCUCUGCAGUUGCUUGGAGUUUUCUAGAAGGCUCACAAAUACACUGAUUUGACAACUUAAAAUGAUUUGCAUGUUAUAAUGUAUACAUUUUCUGUCCUUAAUAGACCACUUCGACGUAAAUGAUUGUGCUUUUUUGUCGACUGCUUUACAUUGCUCCCAUUAGUUUUGACAAUCUUUCUGAUCAGCUCUUGUUCUUAAAAAAAUCAAUAAAA